AUGGGAGAUGGGAGCCACCGCUGUGGACCCAACCCACUGUGCCCGGAGCGCAGCCGCUCCCCGGUGCACAGCUCCACGGACACACCGGGCACGUCCGCCUCCACGCCCACGUCCUCCAGUGAAGACGGCCACGACAAACUGCUGGGAGUGGACCCGGACUACUGCCGCCGCAUCCUGGUUAGAGACGCCAAAGGCACUAUAAGAGAGAUCGUGUUGCCCAAAGGCCUGGACUUGGACCGGCCGAAGCGCACGCGCACGUCGUUCACGGCGGAGCAGCUGUACCGUCUGGAGCUGGAGUUUCAGCGCUGUCAGUACGUGGUGGGCCGGGAGCGCACGGAGCUGGCGCGGCAGCUCAACCUCUCCGAAACACAGGUCAAAGUUUGGUUCCAGAACCGAAGGACAAAGCAGAAAAAGGACACGACGAAGGACUCGGACAAGCGCUCUUCCUCCACCUCCGAGUCUCUGGCCACUUGUAACAUCUUAAGGCUUUUGGAGCAGGGCCGGCUCCUCUCCGGCCCCGCUCCUCCUCCGAACCCCCUCCUGGGGCCCCACCAUAACGGCUCCCUCCUGGGCAGCCCCGGAGCUUCCUCCAACUCCCCCAGCCUCAACAGCAACCCGCCGACCUCCCUGCCCUCCACAUUCGGUCUCUCCCUCCCUUCUUUGGGGGGGACACCUCCGUCACCGCGGCUGGGAGUCCCACCCCCUCACUCCCUGUGCUUCUCCAUGCCGCUCCUGGGGGCCCACCAUGAACUGAGCUCGGCGUACGGCUGUGGCUCUUCGGCCUUUGAGCCCUACAUGCGCCUGGACAGAAAGGACGUGGAUCUGGGCGGGAAGAAAACCGUGUCCUAA